AAACAACGCCGCACACACUCUUCGACAUGCAUCGUAGUCCACGGAAAAUAUUUGUCUGCGGGGUUUUUACACGUAAAACGCGUCUGCUCGUACAUCAAUAUUCCUUUGUUUAGAUAAAAGAAUUGAAUCAGAUAUUCUUGUUUCUUCUUAAUCUGUUCGAGGUCACCCGCUGUGUUUAGUUUGUCUAUCGGUAUGAACACAAGAUAGAUGACUGUCCAUCUUAACAUAAGCUUGAGGUUUUGGCUGGUUGUACCUAAGGUCCAGUUUCACUCUGGUCUGAUUAAUGUCAACGAGCCCCCGGUGCACCGGACACCGGAGCCAGAGUUCGGACACUGGAAUCUGUGGCCACGUGCCAAAUGCGACUUUAAUAAGCUCUAAUUUCCUAAUCAUAUGAACCAGUGCUUUCUGUGCUUGCCUUAUUACGUCAUGUUUUGUUAGUCUGGCAUGACUAACGUUAUGUUUUGGAUUUUACAGGGAACUAGUUGUGGUAGAUAAAUCUAAUGUUGAUUCCUCGAGAUUUGGUAACAACGGUCUGUUUGUUCACGCAGCGUUGUGCAAUAGGACAUUGGAUUUUAACUGCGAUAUUGUUCCUGAGUCAAUAACAUCUUGGUACGAAGUGGCAGUUCGUGUGUGUGUACACACCAAAUGCUUGUGAUCAUUUUGUUGAUAAUAGAAAUAGACUAGGUUUGAUUAACAUAUAGGUUUUAAGAAGCUCAUUCUGGUUUUAGGAUAUUUGACACUUUCCAUUUAACACCGUCCAUUUAACAACUGUUCAUGUAGAAUAGAUGUUUCAACAUUUAUUUGUACUUCUUUUGUAUGCUGGAAGCAAGACAAUGAUUUGUAUUGUAAACAGCCGUUAACAAAUAAAGCAGUCAGUAUGACAUGACGUGUGUAUUGUGUUGUAAGUCUUCGAAAACCAAAUAAUACUUUAAUGUGAGGAACUUGUCAAUCUCUCUCAUGGCCGAUUUGAUAUAUUUAAUUGAACAACAACAUAAACAUGCAAAGCUGAAGUUAAGCUUUAGACUCAUUUUGCACAGUGCAUGAUUUGUGUAUUACUUUUUGCUUUUUUGAUGACAACCCCUUUUAAAGCCUCAAGUUCUUUUUAUCAUGUCAGGAAACCAUGUUGAUGUAUUAAUCCUGUACAUCAUUUAUUUGUGUGUGGUUGUGUCAGAUGUGAUCCCUUGUUUUGUAGUUUCAAUUAGGGCCUACAUGUAUUGGUCGGCAUGUUCAACAAGUCAUCAACAUUAUCAGUUCCUGACCGUCUCUCUGUGUACAAAUCACAAGCCCUUUGCCCACCAUGAGUCACGAACAUUUACCAGAUAUUGUGUGAAUCGGUGAUUUAAAUUUCAGUAUCUUGUACGAUGAUAUAUUCCCCAACCAGCCUGUUCACAUUUCAGCCAUUCUUUGAACUGAAUACAGAGGUUACACACCAUCUCUGAUAACAGUCCGAGUGUGUUUGUUAUAAACUUUGCACUUUAGCACUGACUGCUACAGAAUCAGCAGGAGUAAAGACUACAAGAACUUAGAUACAAGUACUAUUAUGUUCAGACCUUUGUAGUCACAGAUAUAGACAGAAGUUCAAGCUUUAGAGAGUUAUUCAAGGAGAUCAGGAUUGUGUGAAUGAAUCAUCUGCUCCUUCAUAUGGAUUUAUUGUGACUGAAUAGAUUAUACACAUGUGCCUAUUUUACAAUUCUCUGCAGGUAUGCCGGGGUCCAGACACGUCGGCGUGGAAGCCUGGAGCACAAAGCAGGUCACCGGCUGGCUGAGAGAACAAGGAUUUCGUGAAUAUGUGGAUCUCCUGUGUUCUAAGCAUCGACUGGAUGGAGCCAGCCUGCUGUGUCUUAGCGAGGCUGACCUACGGUCCCCUCCGCUGGAAAUUAAGGUGCUGGGUGACAUAAAGAGAUUGAUGCUGGCAGUGCGGAGACUUCAGAGGCAACACACAGCCCUCGCUUACACAGAGGUCGGCACAUCGUCUCCUAUGCACAAUGGGAGAAUAGAUUUUGGUAAUGGCUCUGCGGACGUAAAGAGAAGAGACUAUCAAUAUAGUAACGGGGUCAGGCCGGCUGCCACGGUCGGUGAGGAGCAUGGCAGUGCUUACUCGAACGGGAAGCGUAAGCAGGGUUGUGCUCGGCUGGACCCCGAGUAUUGGAAGACGGCACUCGGUACUCUCUACGCCAUGCUGGUGUGCGGAGUGACGUCUUUUGUAAUGGUGCUUGUGCACGAGAGAGUUCCAGACAUGCGGACGUACCCCCCACUUCCAGACAUAUUUCUGGACAGUGUACCCAGAAUUCCCUGGGCGUUCGCCAUGGCUGAAGCAUGCGGAGUGGUGUUAAGUCUCAUAUUUCUGCUGGUGUUGUUAAUGCACAAACACAGGUCUAUUUUGUUUCGCAGGUUGUGUAGUUUAAUGGGGACGGUAUUUCUUCUCCGCUGUGUCACAAUGUUCGUCACAUCACUGUCUGUACCUGGUCAUCAUCUGCAAUGUUCAGGCAAAGUGUAUGGUGAUAUGUGGGCAAAAGUGCAGCGUGCACUGGACAUCUGGAGUGGGUUCGGCAUGUCUUUAACUGGUGUUCAUACGUGUGGGGAUUACAUGUUCAGUGGACACACUGUUGUUCUCACCACGCUCAACUUCUUUGUCACUGAAUAUACACCACGUAAUUGGAACUUCAUUCACACCAUGUCUUGGGUCUUGAAUCUGUUUGGAAUCUUCUUCAUCUUGGCGGCACAUGAACAUUACUCCAUAGACGUCUUCAUCGCAUUCUACAUCACCACCAGACUGUUCCUGUACUACCACACGCUGGCGAACACACAAGCCUAUCAUCACAGCCGCAGAGCUCGUAUCUGGUUCCCUCUCUUCUCUUUCUUUGAGUGCAACGUGACCGGACCCGUUCCAAAUGAGUAUGGCUGGCCUUUCUACAAACCUGCCUUCAUGAAGAUCCUUUUAGAAUAGACCUUCACUAUGGUCUCUUGGGGAAAAAUUAUUUAUUGCAUUUGAUCACUUUUUGAAACUCCUGUCAUUAAUUACACUGUAAAAUAGAUUUUUUUUGUUCUGUUAGCUAAUUGAUCCCGCCUGUUUAGCAGUCUGUACAGUAUUUUGAAAUGCUCCUUCCUCUAUAAUUGAGUGCCUAAUUUGUCAAUAUCAGUUUUGUUUGACUGGUGCAGAACGGAGUAUUUAGUAAAGCAGAUUUCAGGACUCAUCAAUGAAAAAGUAUAACAUCAGAUCAAAUAAGCACAAUUUUUAAUGCAUAAACCAUUGCAGUAUAAGAUAUAAGAGAAAGGAAUAUAUAAAUAAAUAUUACUGUAAUCUGCAUUGAGUUGUUAUACUAAUACCUCAGUCUUAGACUUAAUGUCCUUUGCUGCCUAGGUCGUGUAACAGAGAUGUAAUAUUUGUCUUACUGAUUUUGCCAAUUCUAAUAAUUUACUUUUUUAUAAAUAGUUCCAAACUUUUUUUAUGUGACUUCAGGAAGAAAUCACAAUUUGUCAAAAGGUGUUUUGCCAACAACAGCAUCAGUGUUACUGUGAAUAACCAAAGAUAUGUUCAACACUAACAUCAACGCCAUUAUUAAAAGGGAGGUGCUGCAUUUUGUUUACUAGUAAGAUUAAUAUAUAAAAGCACUAUAUGUGUAUGUUUUUAAAAAUAUGUAUGUGACAUUUAAUUUAUAACAUUGUUUCUUUUUCAGUUUUAUUUUAAUGUAAUUUAAAGUCUUAUCAAGUUGUUUAUAAACCCAUAGGUUUAUUUUACUGGAACAAUAAAGUUUACAAACACUUUUGUACAGUAUUUAACAAGAUAGACUGUGUAGUUUUUUGGAGGAUCUAUUGAGAGAAAUGCAAUAUAAUAUACAUAACUAUGUCUUCAAAGGUGUAUAAAGACCUUACAUAAUGAAGAGUUAUGUGUGUUUAUUACCUUAGAAUGAGAUAUUUCUAUCUUUAACUUUAUCACUGUAUGUACAGAGCUGUGAGACUAAAGAUGUUUCUAAACUGCUUCUAGAUGAUUAUACAUGUUUCUAAACUCUGUCCACAUAGUCUUCAGAGACUGUGUAAACCUUACUAAACCACCACGUAACUGUCAAUCAUUUGUAAAAGUCAAAUGUAAAUGUUUAUUAAAGAUCUAUAACAAUUGCA